AUGGCUCCAACAGAAUUGCCUUUACUAGUUGUCUUCGGAGCAACCGGCUCGCAGGGUCGCAGUGUGAUCACAGCCCUGCAGACCUCCAACAAUGCGGCGUAUCGUCUGCGAGGGCUCACCUCUAACCAGUCUAGUGAUGCAGCAAAAGAGCUUUCGAAGAGCGGCGUUGAAGUGGUCGAAGUCGACAUAGGGUCAGAGGCCAGUAUUCACAGAGCAGUGGAAGGGGCAGAGGUGGUGUUUGCAAAUACAGUCUUUCCUCCAGAUAUAUUUGCUUCCCAUGGAGCUGCUGCCGCGGAGGAGGCCGAGUCCAAGACUGCCUUGAGGAUUGCCCGCGCAGUCGCACAGAUCAAAACUCUGAAGCACUUGGUGUGGUCUACCCUUCCCGAUGCCAAGAAGAAGACCGCUGGGAAAUUACAUAUUCCUCAUUUUCAGUCCAAGGUUGCUGCGGUAGAAUUCAUUCGCAGCCAGCCAGAGUUGGUCAAGAAGACUACGAUGCUAUCUGUCGGCAUGUAUGGAUCUAAUCUGAAGAAUCCUGGAUAUGUACCAGUCUAUGAUGCAUCUAUCAAAAGAUAUGUAGUAAAGCUCCCUCUUCGCGCUGAUGUCUCAUUUUCCAGCAUCGGAGAUGAGCGCAAGAACAUUGGUGUGAUCGUAUGUGCCAUCCUUCGUAGCGGAGAGAAGAGUUACGACAAAUGGGUCGUCGGAGAAGCGCACAAGACGACAAUGAACAAGGACGUGGAUGCACUGGACAAGGUCGUUCAGGAGCAGCUCGGAAUCGACAAGCGAGUGAUAUUUGUGGAAACAUCACUUAAAGACUAUGAGGUUGACUCGGGUAUUUUGGUCACGGAAAAGGGCCCCAUGUUUCAGUACUAUGAAUUGCAAGAUGAUGCAUUCGUUGACUUUGGGCAGGAUGGGAAGACAUUAUACCCACACGAACUCGGGGUCACUCAUGCCGAACUGGCAACGGUGGAGGACUGCCUCAGGUCUUUCGACUGGCAGCAAAUUCUUCAGGGACAGAGACAGUGA